CCCAAAAUUCCUUACUCUUCGUUGUACGACGGAAAACCGAGGCAGAACGUGGAGCUGCCGAAUGUGCUGAAGUGCUCCGUGCGACCCGAUACGAAAGUGCUGGAAACGACCAUAAUUCUUCACAAAAUUAUCGUUCGCAAAACGGAACUGGCUAAUCAUGUACUCGUUAUGGGAACAGUAUCGUAUGGUGGCAAUCCUCUUAAGUGUCCGUACGUGUCCGAAUCCGAUACUUGCAAGGAGUUGUGCUUUACGUCGACGGAGAGUCUAAAGGCGCAUCUGGAAACCGCGCACCAACUGACAGAUGUGCAGAUCAAUCUGGUGUGCCCCUGUCCGGCGGAAUGCAACGGAAACAAGGAAUGCGAGGAUGUUGCAUAUGAUCAGCACACAGGAAUGUUUUUGGAGGAUCACCUGACGGCUGCGCACAAGGAAUUCUAUGAAAAACUGGAAACACUAACGUGCUGCAUCAACUGCAGUGAUGACGACGACGAUGAUGAUCUCGAAGAAUUUCUGGAGGAAAAUGAUUUGGUGAAGCAACUAUAG